UUGUCGCCGGCUCGGUUGGCACGCGGUUCUUGUCCGGUUUCGGUGGCCAAGUGGAUUUCAUCCGUGGAGCUAGCAUUGGUGAUGAAAAUGAGAGCAAACUUAUCAUUCCCUUCCAUCGACAUCGAAGAAGGUCCGAUCCCAUGCGCACUAAGUAUUUACAGAGAAUGGUAUUGUUCAACUAUGAGGAAAGGAUAUGCGCCAAAGAGCGUAACUUGUCAAGAUUGCUCAUCCAUCACAACUCCAAUUACCUGAGAA